GUAUGGAUCCUCCUGCGUUGGUCUGACCCAGUACAGUAUGUGUGUGUGAGAGUGAAGUGUGUUUGAAUGAGUGUGUGUUCUGACAGCAGCUGGCAGAGGUGACAUUCAUCAGUUUUUACUCGUUUGGAAAUAAAUGAAAAAGCUUCAAAAUCCGGAUAUUUACAUGAACCAGCGAUGCCCUGUGUACAAGCCCAGUAUGCAUCCCUGCCCCAUGACAACUACUUCAGCUCUGAGUUCUUGAAUCCUGACCUCAGUGCCAAGCUGAUGAUGGACAUCAGUGGCCAAAAGGACCAGCUGUCUACGUCUUCGUUGCCCAGCAUCAAUACCUUGGUGGGAAAUGGCUAUGCGGGGGAGUUUGAUGCUUAUUCCUGCAAGAUUACCACCUCCCCUCCCGCCUCUACGGUUUCCUUCGGCCACGCCGGGGUAGCUGAGAGUUCCUGCCCUCAGAUGCAGGGCCAAGCCUUCAAGCUGGAUGAUCUCCAGGUGUACGGCUGCUACCCAGGUUCCUUUGCGCUGAGCUGCCUUGAUGAGACGCUAUCGUCAUGUGGUUCCGACUACUAUGGCAGCCCGGUUUAUGCCGCCGCUUCCCCUCCGACAUCGGGCUUUCAGGCCCAGUCUGCAUCUGUGUGGGAUUCCCCUUUCAGCCCCUACCCCUCAACGCCACAGUCCUCUGUGGCCGAUAAGGCCGCCAUGGCCCAGCAGCUCUCCUUCUUCACCUUCAGCUCUCCAGAGCAGCACUCUCCCCCGGGGCAGCAUCAGGAUGCUCAGCAAGGCCAUGACGACCAUUUCUUCCUGCCUCCUCAGCAGCAGCAUGUCUCUCCACUUCAUUGUCCCCCCAUGUCCCUCGAUCAUGGAGCCCUGGAAAGCCCCAGGAUAGUGGAGGGGGCCAUGACCUCUCCUUCAACCCACAACAUGGGAUCCAGUGAAGGCCGCUGUGCAGUUUGUGGUGACAACGCAUCCUGUCAGCACUAUGGAGUCCGCACCUGUGAGGGCUGCAAAGGUUUCUUCAAGCGAACUGUACAGAAAAAUGCAAAGUAUGUGUGCCUCGCCAAUAAAGACUGUCCUGUGGACAAGAGGAGGAGAAACCGCUGCCAGUUCUGCCGUUUCCAGAAAUGUCUCGUUGUGGGAAUGGUCAAAGAAGUUGUUCGCACAGAUAGCCUCAAAGGUCGCCGGGGUCGUCUGCCCUCCAAACCGAAGACUGUGGCCGAGGCUUCAUCCACGACCCCCAGUGUCAACAUCAUAGCCUCUCUAGUCAGGGCCCAUUUAGACUCGAACCCAACCAUCGGAAAGCUCGACUACUCCAAGUACCAGGAGACAGUGGACAACCUGAAGGAAAAGGAGGACGCUGGUGAUAUUCAGCAGUUUUAUGACUUGCUGACUGGUUCUCUGGAUGUAAUAAGAAACUGGGCUGAAACCAUCCCGGGAUUCACAGAUUUCUGCUCAGAGGACCAGGAGCUGCUCCUUGAAUCAGCCUUCGUUGAGCUCUUCAUUCUGCGACUCGCAUACAGGUCAAAUCCUGAGAAGAACAAGCUGGUCUUCUGCAACGGUUUGGUCCUCCACCGACUGCAGUGCGUUCGCAGUUUUGGCGAUUGGAUUGACUCCAUCAUGGAUUUCUCCCAGAGCCUUCACCGCAUGAACUUAGACGUGUCCUUGUUUGCCUGCCUCGCAGCGUUAGUUAUCAUCACCGAUCGCCAUGGCCUCAAAGAGCCCAAACGAGUUGAGGACUUUCAGAGUCAUCUCAUCACUUGUUUAAGGGAACACGUGAGCGGAAACGGAUCAGAACCGAGCCGUACCCAGCCCAACUAUCUUUCUCGUCUUCUGGGCAAACUCCCCGAACUGAGGACUCUCUGCACACAGGGCCUGCAGCGCAUCUUCUACCUGAAACUAGAGGACCUCGUGCCCCCGCCACCGAUAGUGGAGAAAAUCUUCAUGGAUACUCUGCCGUUCUGAAAAAAACAUGAACACAAAUGUAUUAUUUGUGAAAUGAUACAGACAGUAUAUGAGGUUAUAUCAUUGAACUCUACUGAUGAACCUCCUUUUAUCACACCGACUUGUGUGCUGACAAACGUCUGACAUCGUUCAAGAGACCAUUAUUUUUCUAACAUUAAGUUUUAAAAUGGAAUAUGGUACCUGUGUGAGUACCGCAUACAGAUUUAUUUCAGUUCAAUGAAACUGUCACAGACAGAACUGAAAUGGUAUCAACAGUACAGUUUAUAUAUAUUUUUGUGUGCAUUUGUAAAAUGACUUUAUUGCUGUGCUGGAUGUGUGAAUGUUGUCCUGCUAUGCAGCUAGUGAGACAUGGAUAUUUGGGUAGAUGCAAUGCAUUGUCACAUACUCAACAAAAGAAACACACUAAUCUCUUAAAAAGUUUUUAAAGUUGCUUUCUGAUCCCACAAAGAAGCUGAGAUAGUAGAUUGUUUAGUAGGAAAAGGGCAGGCAGAAUCACAAGUCCUGUUUCUUUAAAGAACGGCGGAGUCCUACUUUACGAAAUAUUUACUAAUUUCUUUGUAUCACAAAAGAUAGUUUUAGUCCUAAUCGUACUCCUGUGGAAGGUCUCGGACCAAAGUUUACUCCUUUUUUGAUACUAUAUCACUUACAAACCUUAUUGCCUUAAGCUAAACAAAAUGUUCUGCCAUAACUCGAUGCUGCCGUUUUGCAACGCCUUGUAAAGGCUGAUGCUGGCAGUGUUCCUGUUGAACAGCAUGUCCCUGUAACAAACCACUUUGUGGGUUAUUAAGAACAAAAAUGAACUAAAUACAAAGUGCCUUUUAUAACGCCUCACUCCUCAAACCGUAAUAAGUGACACUAAGUGGAUUUUCAUUCCAAAUAUCACAUACAGCGAUCCCCAUUUAUUACAGAUGUGAAAUAAUCAUUUUCAAUGAUUUCAGAUCGGUGCCAGAUUUUGAUAUGAAGUGCCUGAAGCGUGCGAUCGUCAACACACUUUGACAAAGAGAAUACAAUACUUGGAACGCACACUAAACUGUGAGGGCAUCAAGUGAUGACAGGCGGUUUAGGGUCUACAAGAACUAAAUCCUGUUCACAUGUUCCCGAGGCAGCGAAAUUCAUAACCGCAGCAGAGCCGUCCAGUUUAAGAUUCAAUUAAGUCAAAGCACAUUUUCAGUCUCCUUUUAUCCACAGUUAGAUACAGUAUACCCUUUAAAUGAUUUGUUUUUACCCAACAACACUUGAAAAUCCACAUGCAUAAGCAGACAUUUCAACUGGUUUCUUGUCUUUUGCUGCAGAUGCAUCACCCUGCAUGUGUUCGUAAAGCUCUCCUACUGUCUUCCACAUUCUUCUGAGUUUUUAUAUGUUGGAUUAAUUUUGUAUUUUCACCUAAAAAUGAACUAAAGAGAUAUCUUAAGGAAUCACAGUGAGAUGUGAUGAGAAGAUGAGCAGCUAAGACACAAACAGUGUUCAGACAAUAUGAAGAACACUUCUUUCUCCUACUGUAUGUGUGUUUUGUUUGGGACGUGUGUGUGGACUUUGAAAAACACUGCCAGGGCUUUCGUAACAUGGUGCAGAAGUGUUAAAAGACAGAGAAUAUUUGAUAUUAAAUCCUUUUUUGAAAAAACA